AUGUUAAGAUAUAGAGGCAAGAAGAAAGUAAUUGAUAGGGUGAAGGAGCUGGAUGCCUUCCCCAAAGUACCUGAAGAGUAUGUGGACAGUACACCUGUAGGCGGCACUUUUUCAGUUAUCGCAUUUUUUAUAAUUAUGUUGCUGAUAUACAGUGAAGUGACGUAUUAUUUAGACAGUAAUUUAGUUUUCAAAUUCGUGCCGGAUACUGAUAUGGACGAAAAACUUCGAAUAAACAUAGACAUGACUGUUGCUAUGCCUUGCUCCAAUAUUGGUGCUGAUAUUUUGGAUUCCACUUCACAAAGCGUUUUCGGUUUUGGUGAGCUUCAAGAAGAGGAUACGUGGUUUGAACUGACGCAGGAGCAACAAGACGCGUUUGAUGCAGUAAAAUACCUCAAUUCUUAUCUUAGAGAGGAGUACCAUUCCAUUUGGAAGUUAUUAUGGAAGAAAGGCCAUGGAUCAGUUCGGGCUACCAUACCACCUAGAAAAACUAAACCUAACCGACGGCCAGAUGCAUGUAGACUCCAUGGAGUUCUAACUUUGAAUAAAGUAACUGGCAACUUCCAUGUUACUGCAGGAAAAAGUUUGCAUUUACCUAGAGGACACAUACAUCUGAACAUGCUAUUUGAUGACACUCCACAGAACUUUAGUCAUAGAAUACAUAGACUUAGCUUUGGUAGUCCGGCUAAUGGAAUAAUUUACCCGCUGGAAGGUGAUCUGAAAGUAACCCAGGAUGAAAAUAUGUUGUACCAAUACUUUAUAGAAGUGGUACCGACUGAUGUAGACACUGCUUUUGAGACAAUAAAGACUUUCCAAUACUCUGUCAAAGAGCUUGAGAGACCGAUAAGUCAUUCCAAGGGAUCUCACGGAGUGCCCGGUGUCUUCUUCAAGUAUGACAUGGCUGCAUUAAAAGUUCAAGUUUACCAGGAAAGGGAGAAUGUAUUACAAUUCACUCUAAGACUGUUCUCAAUUAUCGGAGGCAUUUAUGUUAUAGUCGGGUUCUUGAGUACCAUAGUUCUUACUAUAAAAACAAGCUUGGUGCACAAAACUGCACCAAUUGCUCAAAAACAGGUGUAUGAUGGUAAGGUGCGGGUACAGCCGAACCCACUGCUAGUCACUCCCGACCUCAGUGUUCCUGUAGAGCUAGUGAAACCAUGA